UAACGGCGUCCGGUGGUCAGGCUCGCUGGCUUGGUUGAUGAAUGGUCUCCCAUUCGGUAGAUCGAUGCUCAAGAUGUCCGGUCCAGACACAAUUAUAUACACACCGCCGCCAUUGAAGCUCAAAUAUGUCUGCGUUGGGCGUUAAACAAGAAACAAAUUAUAAUUGCUGGCGUGAUGUAGUGACAGUAGUUCCUUAAUACAGCUCAAUACCGCACAUAGCAACACGGUUAGCGUGUGUGUUAAGGUUUGAGAGAUAAUUUACUUGCCUGUGAUAUCAACAGAACUGACUUGCACCAGGAAGUGGAUAUCCAGUGUUGUAUCUAACUAUAGGAAACUAUAGGAAAUGCUUAAAGACAAGUCACGUGGAUCCUUGCAGUCUUCCUUGUUUUGAUGAGUGACAAAGUUCAUACUUCUGCGCCGUCAACAUCCAGACAUCGCAUGAUCAUCGACUACAUAUGACGCUGCGACUCCAGGGGAAGGAAGCGAGAUUGACCCCAAUGGCUCUCAAAGACUACGUUCCUUUGUUACUUCUCAUGACCAUAUCCAAUGGAGGAAACGCCAACAAACCCUGUUUGCCAUGCACAUGUUCCAAAAUAAUGCAUGAAGAAUGUUACUAUGCGAACUGUUCCUACCUGAAUUUGACGGCGAUUCCACCGACACUGCACCGCGACAUUUGUUAUCUGAAUCUCCAUGGAAACAUAAUCACUACCCUUAAUAACUCGGAUUUAAACUAUUAUACAAUGUUGACUUCCCUUGAUCUCUCCUCUAAUGUUUUGUCUGAAGUCCAAAAUGACACAUUUAACAGUGUUGGGGAUUUGGCCUUUCUUGACCUGUCCACAAACAGACUCAACUUUACGUUCACAUCAUCACAGAUAUUUUCUCCCUUGACGAAACUGAAAGUUUUGAACAUCAGCAACAAUACUUAUCUCGACAUCCCUGAUAUGAUCCUGUGUCAUCUGAUGUCUCUUGAGAGUCUCACCAUGGAUGGUUUUCAAAGUCCUAUUGGUAAUGGAUGUGAUGUGAUGUACAAUCUUACAUACCUAUCCCUAUCUGGUGAAAAUGGGCGUUGUAAAAUUGAUUACUUGUCCGAGGACUUACUGCAAAACGUCCCGAUGCUGGAGUAUCUUAAUGUUUCUUAUUGUAAAAUCUUUACGGUAAAACCUGGAGCUCUUUCCUUCUUCCGGAACAUUGACACUCUAGAUAUAUCAGGUAACACCUACUUAAAAUUCAAAGGAGUCGAGAAUGCUACGACUGGACUGGAUAAAUCAAGACUUAGAAAACUUUAUAUUAACCAGAUGGUGGGAAAACAUACUAUUUGUGUUUGGGUGCCACAAUCGAUUGGUUUAAAUCUUCAAAAUACUUCCCUGGAAACAAUAGAGGCUAACGACAACCGUAUCGAAUUAAUUCACGAAGAUGUGUUCAGGCUGUUGCCAAAUACACUAAAGACUGUCAGUAUCAGGAACAACCGUCUCACCUACGGUGCAUACAUCUGGUAUCUACAGAACCUGACAGGACUAGUGUCACUGGACUUGAGUUCAACGAGGGGACUUCAUAAGUUACCAUUUGCAGAACCGGAUAACUAUUCCAGAGACCUAUCUUCUCACCAUCAAACUGACAAUUGUUUAACAACACCAAGAAGAGAGAUAUAUUUGGGAGAUGUUCUUCAUGAACGGUCACUGGAACAUCAACAGAACAUCACACCCUAUGGUGUUCCACCUAAACUGAAAACCCUGAAGUAUACAGAUUGUAAAUUAGCAUAUGAUUUGUCGAAAUUAUAUUUUGCUGAAAAUAGCCUGAGGCAUGUUGAUCUGUCUUAUAACAUUUUAGCUCUGUGGUUUGGUCCUGUAUAUGGUUUAGAAAAUGUUACCCAUCUUGACCUCUCAGGAAAUCUUGCCAUGUUUAUCAAAAAAGAUUUUUUUGCAAACUUUCCGUCACUUACACACCUAAAUAUAUCCCACAAUGCACUCGAAAUGUCUGAUAAUGGGCAGUAUUUACGGAAUCAAAGCAAAGUAGAAGUUUUAGAUUUGUCCCACAACAAUAUAUUAUUCUUGAAACGCGAUUUCCUCUCAGAACUGAAAUCACUGAGGACAUUGAAUCUUUCUUAUAACUAUUUGGACAGCCUGUUUGUAGAUCUUGAAAAUAACUUAAAUCUUACAAGUAUAAAUUGUUCAAACAACAACAUCAAAUAUAUCUCACCACGAACGAGAUCCCAGAUGGACAGGAUAGCCGAGUUACACAAGUUUACAAUAGACCUUUCGGGAAAUGACCUCCGAUGCACAUGUCAAAAUAUAGAAUUUCUUGAAUGGUUACUAAACUCCAAAAUUCAGGCAGCAAACAAAGAACUGUAUCAUUGCGUAGACAUUAAUGGGAAAGUGAUACACUUUAAAGGUCAUGACGUACUAAAGAAUCUGAAAGCGUCUUGCGCUAACUUCAUAGCCCUAGCUAUGGGACUAAUUGUAACAAUCGUCCUGAUCUUUUCUCUGAUAGUGGGAACUAUUUGUUAUCGAUAUCGAUGGAAAAUAAUUUACAUUUAUUAUGUGUUCAAACUGAGACUAAGAAACAACAUUGAGUAUGAACGUAUUUACGAUUAUGACGUUUACGUCUCUUACACUGACCUUGACCUUGAUUUUGUCCGCAAGGACAUGAUUCCAAAGCUAGAACACCAGCGGGGUACGAGACUUUACAUCCGGGAUCGAGAUUCCCUCCCAGGAGCUACUAUUGCUGAGAACAUCAUCGACGGGAUAAGGAGCAGCAAGAAAACUGUGUUGUUGUUGUCCCAGGCGUUCCUGAAGAAGAAGUGGUGUAGGUAUGAGUUACACAUGGCCAACAUGGAGAGCGUGUCUACUGGCCGAUCUGUGAUGGUCAUCAUUAUGCUUGAGGAUAUUCCUAAUAAGGACAUUCCACCCGAGAUCCUCUAUGAUGUGCAGAACAGCCGUUUCAUAGACUGCCCAAACGAUAGCAGCGAUCAGGAACUGUUCUGGGCAAAUGUGUCCGCGGCGAUUGAUAGUUAGAUUGUUUUGUAGGUUAUCUUUUAUAUAUACAUAGAGAUUAUGAUACGAGCAUGUGUGUCACACUGAUGUUACGAAUCGGAUGUCAGAAUGUGUGUAUUUCACGAGCGAGAGGGAGGGUAAGACAUGAAUUCUAACACGAAUUUCGUACAAUCAAUGUGAGACACAUGCGAGUGUAAAAAUGUCUUUAUUACUCAAUAUUUUCAGCUCUGCUCUGAUCACGACCGUCGUGUUAGUAAAGCAUAUUCAUAUUCUUCAGCUAUGACGUCAGUCAGACCUUUCGUCACAAUGACGUCAACAAUGCCGUCCGGAUGACGGAAACAAUACACUGGCUGGAGUGAAGUGAUUUUUUUAUGAAUUUAAAAAAAAAAUUCUAACACUAUGUGUAAUAAACAAUGUUACGGGACAAACGCGAAUUUGCACAUAAACUCUCAUUAGUUUGUAAUAAUACUUCCGGAGGAAUAUCUUAAUUUUAGUCAGUCGUAAAAUACAUCUGCAGUCUAACGGUAUUGUUCUACUUUAAUGCCUGUUCCAGGUAUGCAUGAACAUACAUAUGUUUUAUUGUGUUCCACCAUUCAGUCACAGAAAUCUGGUUCGAACUUGAAAGACAAAAAUUGAAAAUGAUAUCUCUCGUAAGGGUGGAGGGUGUCUCGUUAGCUUAUGAGGAAACUCGGAGACAUUCAGACUACGGUGACCACUCAGUCAACCAGCAGAAACAUUGGCCCAGUAAAUAGGUGGGAAUUCCAACACAAACUGUACUGUUAAAUGUUAAUAUCACAUUCGUGAUUGAUCUUAUUUUCAAUAUUAUUUAUCAUAAUUUAUGAUUAAGAUGAUCUUUGCAUGUUGCACUAAUGCUCAAUAAGCCAUACUUUCGUAAGUAACGGUAAUUCUCAACAAAGCUCGGUGAAACAAGACAUCAAAUAUACAAUCAUUAUUACAUGCCAGGGGAAAGCGUCGGGGGCGGUCGGGUAGCCUAGUGGUUAAAGCGUUCGCUCGUCAAACCGAAGACCCGGGCUCGAUUCCCGGCAUGGGUACACUGUGUGGAGCCUUUUUCUGGUGUCCCCCGUGAUAUUGCUGGAAUAUUGCUAAAACGGCGUAAAACCAUACUCACUCACUCACGUGAAGCGUCGGACUCUGUCAAUCGGAUUAUGUCGUUUCUUCCGACUUGAAAUCCAAUGGUACUUGACACACCCCCAUGUCGAAUCGGGGUAUGCAAUUUUCCUUGUUCCUCCUUGACAAUAGUUGCGACGCACAGUCUAAGGGCUAAAGCAAUGUUAAGCUUAAAAUGUAGUAUGCGUAACAAGCAUGCUGUUGUAAUAAUAUUAUAGAUAACGCUUCUCAGGCACUACGGAAAGUUCCGAGUAGGUUAUGUACGAAAAGUGCCGAGUAGGUUUUGUACGGGAAGUACCGAGCGGCUUUAUGUCACUGACAAACUCGGGUUAUUAUCAGCCUGCUAUUAGCCAAGUCUCAGUUGCAGCAGUGUAGCGGGUUGCCGUUUGAUUUAGCGACCUAAAGACCACAAUGUCUUAUUGAAGGUCAAUCUGGAACAAACGAAACAAAUGCUAACACACCCGUGGAACACUCGUUUGGGCAAGACCAGCCGGAGUGCCUAAAUUAAAUACACACAUAUACAGAAUGAGAUUACAUGAACGUAAAUGUAACAAGAGGCUUGCUCUACGUAUUUCACAGGUACACACAGUAAUAAUAAGUAAUAGUGAUUCACCAGCAGUACAAUUUAGUGCCUUGUAAGAAGAGUUUGUAAUGUGUUUGUCAACCAUAUAGCGCCUUACUGGGAGCUUGGGUUAUGGACUCCCUAGGGAGUUGAGAAAGUCUAUGAAGACCAAAUGAUCCGUUAACUAGAGUAAAACUACGCCCAGCGCUUUGUGCAUGCCCCUUCUUGGUGUGGAGCCUUGCCCUACACAAUCUGUGUGUCCCACUGAUUUGCCACAUUUUAAGCGACCAGAUUGUUACCCUUCCGCAUUCGACAUGUGUGAAGUGUGAGCGAAGAGUUAAUGAUGAGUCAUGCCCCAGUUAGUGACUUUUCCGUCUUCCCGAGGAAAGGGUUUUACCUCCUCGUCGACAUCUUAUGUAUCGAUUCAUAUCGAGUAUCGAUGUAGUUCCGAAUCUCCUCUCUUAUCGAGGUGGACACGGAUGGCUGUCGUCAAAGGCGCCACAAUUCGCCCUGUAGAAUUGCGUUCCUUGGGCAUGCCAGAAA